CUCACACCACACACACACACACACACACACACACACACACUCACGAUCCCAGCGACAAACUGCGGAUAAAGUCGGACUAACUUGUGUUUCACCUGCUCCAGUGGUUCCAGAUGUUUCUGUGUGUUCUCCUAGAAGCGGGCGCAGGUGGCUUUGGUUGAAGGAAAGAGUCCAAACUGUCGCUGAAAACUCUUCCUCUGUGUCUUUCUUUCUCUGCGGUCAGUAACCUUGGACGAGAGACAAUAGGGAUUCACUGAAAACUGGGAUUUACCUGUGGUGGCCUCUUUUCCAUUUUUUGGGAAUAAGUUUGAUUGUUUCUUUUUUCCAAGAAAAGAAAAAUAAAUACAAUCUGAGGAGAAGAAAAGACAGGGACUAUUGGAUUGUUGAUAUUGUUCUCCUGCCCUGAGGAGUCAGGAGAGAAGGAGGGAGUAAGGAAGGAACGGAAGAAGGACGGAAGAAGACUGAUCAUCAUUGCUGUCCACUGUGUACAGAUGUAUGUUGAGAAAGUUGUAACUGAGGGGAAGAUGGGGAGCAAGGGAAUCUCUCUGACCUGUGUGUUGACCCCCUGCCGGGUGAUCGGAGCAUGCGUGACGCUGAUAAUCUUGGGAGCCAUUGGAGCAGCCGUUUGGGCCGUAGUUGUGUAUUGUACGAUGGAGGAAGACACAGGCCUGUAUGAUGUUCAGGUCAAUUCUGCUGACCAACGUCUCAGAGUCUUCGAUCCCACACAGAGGAGGUGGCUUCAGGUGUGUUCCUCCUCAGCCAAUGAGCUGCUUGCUGGUAUCAGCUGUGAAGAAGUGGGCUUUGUCAGUGUGGCUAAUUACUCAGUCACAUCGGUGCCAGAGGCCAGUGGAGAUCCCGGAGAGUUCUUCUGUGUCAGACAGGAAGAGCUCAGCUACGGCAAGAAAAUCAAAGACUCGUUGUUCCCAUGUGACUGUGAGAGCAGGGAGGUUCUCACUCUGCUGUGCCAAGACUGUGGCAGGCGUAGUUUUGCAGCAGACCGUAUAGUCGGUGGUGUGGAUGCCAGGCAGGGCAACUGGCCUUGGCAGGUCAGCUUACAGUACGAUGGAGUUCAUCAGUGUGGUGGAUCAAUCAUCUCAAACCGCUGGAUUGUCUCUGCUGCUCACUGCUUCCUCGAACGGCGCUUUGUGAACCGAUGGCGUGUGCUGCUGGGCUCCAUCUAUAACAAACCAUCCAAUGCCAUCACAGCGGAGGUGAAGACCAUCGUUUAUCACAGCAGCUACUUGCCCUCUGUAGAUGCUAACAUUGAUGACAACAGCAGGGACAUCGCCGUUCUGGCCCUCACUCAACCGCUUACUUUUACUGAAUACAUCCAGCCUAUUUGCCUGCCAGCAUACGGUCAAAGACUGAUAGACGGACAGAUGGGAACUGUGACGGGCUGGGGAAACGUUGGGUACUACGGUCAUCUAGCAGACGUCCUCCAAGAAGUGAGCGUCCCCAUCAUCAGUGACGCUGUCUGUAACGCUCCCGAUUACUACGACAAUCAGAUCACCUCCAGCAUGUUCUGUGCUGGUUAUGAGAAAGGAGGCACUGACGCCUGCCAGGGAGACAGUGGCGGUCCCUUUGUGGCGGAGGACUGUCUAUCUAAGAGCAGCCGCUAUCGUCUUCUGGGUGUGGUGAGCUGGGGAACAGGCUGUGCCAUGCCAAAGAAACCUGGCGUCUACACCAGAGUGUCCCGGUUUCUGCCGUGGAUAUCCACCGCCAUGAGGAACUAUCACAACUCACCAGGGGUUCACAAAUUGGCCCGGCCAUGAGAUCACUGCUCCUACUUUUCUACUUUUUCUACACUGAGACGACAACAUGGACAGAACCUGUUGAUGUCAAAGGGAUGUGUUACAAUGGAGGGUCUUGAACGCUGCGAUGUUCCUCUUGUAUCAAAGGAUUUUUCCACUACUUUUCCACAUGGUAAAAUGUUUGCCAAUAUCAUACUGCUUAAGAGAGCAGUCAAGCAGCCACAUUUUGGGACAGUUACACUGUUUUUUAAUCAUUAGUUCAAGCACAAAUGAUCAAGGGCUCAGAUUUGAGGAGAAAGUUGUCUCUCAUUAUGACGAGUGAAGAGGUGACCAUGCAAGCAAAUGUUAAAUAAGUCCCAAGAAGCAAAAAUCAUAUAAAAGGAAGCUUGUUCGCCAAAAUAAAAGCCCAGCAGAGUAUCACCAGAGUUCCUACGGAUGACGUCUGUGGGUCAAAACCUUCAGGCAGCCAUUCACAGCAAAGGACUUUCCACAAAAUGUUAGAUAUGUAGAUACGUAUCACACGUAUUCCUCCAAUUUCUUUCUAACCUGUAAACUUUGCCUGCUGUGUGUUUAAAGGUCUUUAUCUCCCCCACAGUUCUUUCUAUGUUGAUGUGAACCUUCUCAGAUAUAAGCUGAGACAUAGCACCUUAAUGUUAUAAGAUCCAUGAUUUUAUUUCACUUGAAUAUCCCGAGCCUGAAGACUAACAACUGUCCAAAUACAGCGAUCUGGAAUAAAGUUUUGUAUAUAAACACAGACAGAGCUCUUUAAGAGACAGGAAAUAAAGUUACAAUCAAACUUUAUGAAUUUUAUUAAUAAAAAACAAAAAGUGAAAUAAUAUAAGACUUAAGAUUCCUGCUGUGUAGAACAUAAUGAGAUCAUUUUCUGAAAUGGCUUUUUCAAUCAGAAACAAGUUAGUUUAAUGUUUGAGCUAAACAGCAGUUACAUUAAUGAAGUCUUGUAAAGAGUCAGGUCUGUCUUCAAUAUUCUUGGUGUAAUUACAAGGAUUCAUACAAUAAGAUUGGAAAGAUUUUAAAGAUCACGUGCAGCCUCAGCACUUUCUAAACUUUUACACUGUGAAACACAAAGACACAGACAGUGUCAGUGAUGCAGGAGUAAUUCCAGCUGAUCAGUCUUAUUUCAAAAAAUUACAAAUUUUUACACUGUAGAAUUGACAUUUUGUAAUAAACUUGUGUGCUGAAUGCAGUAUGUGUGUAUAUGCAGUAGCCUGACUUCAUCAUGGAUAAUUAUUCAUACAAGAUUUAAAUCUUUACCAAAUUUCCAUGUUUGCAUUUUGCUUUAUUUUGUAAAUAUUAGUCAGUGAAUAUUCACGUCUUGUUUAUGUAGAUGUUUUUGUCUGACACAGAUCUUAUUGCCAAGCGUGCAAUAACCACAUCAAUCAUCUUCUCGUGAAAUAGAUCUUUUAGUACGUAGUAGAGAAGACUUUACUGUACCUCUGAGUACCUGUAGCUAACACUGUGUGUGUGUCCUGCACCUGGCCUGAAUAAAGAAUGGGAUGUGAGCACUAAUAACUCAAUUUGAACCGUUUGUGGGAUGUUUGCUCCUGACUUAACAGAUUGUAAUGUGAUUUAAACUAAUCCGACAUAGAAACCACUUGACAACUGUAUGAUGCAUGUCAAUGCAUCACAUGAAGGCCCGAGCUACACACCACCCUUCCCUCCUUUAAAAUAAAAUGAAUGUACAGUAUGUGUGCAUUUAUAGCAAAUGUGAUAUGAGAAAUAAAUAUUGUAAGAUGUAAAUUGUUGCAUUGAGUAUUGUAUUGAAGUCUUAAUUAAAAGCAACUUGCCCACAGUUACUGUGACUUUAUUACACAGUAACUG